AUUCUUGUUGGAGAGCUUUGUGCAUUCUUCACCAAGGCGGAGGGAACCCAGGAGAAAACCAUUGUCACUGCAGACUGCUGCUACUUCAACCCCCUGCUGAGACGCAUAAUACGUUUCCUAGGUGUCUAUGCCUUCGGUCUCUUCACCACCACAAUCUUCGUGAAUGCCGGCCAGGUGGUGACAGGAAACCAGACGCCUCACUUCCUGUCUGCGUGUCGACCGAACUACACGGCGCUGGGCUGCCAGUCGACCAUGCAGUACAUCGCAGAGCGCCGGGCCUGCACAGGGAACCCUCUGGUGGUCAUGUCUGCACGGAAAUCUUUCCCCUCCAAGGACGCAGCGCUCAGCAUCUACUCUGCAGUCUACACAGUGAUGUAUGUGACUCUGGUGUUUAAGACCAAAGGUACGCGGUUGACGAAGCCCACCAUCAGCCUCACUCUGCUCUGCCUGGCUGUUUUAGUGGGGGUGGUCCGAGUGGCUGAGUACCGAAACCACUGGGCCGACGUCCUGGCAGGAUUCUUCACCGGGGGAUCCAUCGCUGUGUUUUUGGUCACCUGUGUGAUAAACAAUUUCCAGCAGAUGUUGCCAAGUCCUCCUCCACUUCGACCCCAUCGCCCCGAGUCCAUGCUGGGGAUGCCGAUGGUGACGCUGCCCUGUGUCGAGAGUCCACUCGAAAAGUUAAGUGGCCCUCAGACUCCGAGGGGAUCUCCGUUCACCGAGAUCACAUGACCAUCAGCCAUAUCGGUUCCCCGCAACCCCCGAUGUCCUCAUACCGUCUCGCUCCAUUUCCAGCGAAGUCUAGACCAGGCGGAGCAGCACUCUCCGCUGUGCGCCGCCCAUCCGUCCGGGCGAUACGCCACGCUGCACCGCUCCUACUCCACGCAGGUCUAGAACUUCCCUGGAUACCGAACAGACGUCCCUAACCCCCGGGGAACCGAUAGGCACAACUAAAAAAGACUUUCUCUUUGCUGCACAAGCAAAGAGCCGAACAUCAAGUACAGAGUCAGGUACUUCUUUGUUUAUGCGUUCGAAUAUUCUGACUUUGGUUGUUUUGUAUCUUCAGUGGCGCGCUCCUGCAACGAAAAACACAUCAAACUGUGACCACUGAGAAUGUCCGUCCAUUUUUUUGUUUCGAAGCAAUGGUGAGUUUUCGACCGUUUAACGGAGUGAGGGUGAACUCACUGUAUGCGUUCAGGAGGUUGGACCAAAGAAACCUGCUGAAAGACACGUGUGCUGCUGAGAUUUACACGAACAAUGCAUCAAAGCAAGCCAUACACACCCUCACACACACACAUGUGCUGUGUCUCAAUUUGAAAACUUCCCAUUAUACACAUUGCGUGAAUUUCGAGCGCUGUUAGCUCGCUAUCUAGCAACACAUUGUUUGUGCUAGAAAAUCAUCAUACACACUGCUCAAUUAAUCAAAUUAAAUUAACGGGGGCUUCUUUUGAAUCCAAUAUAGUUGGACAAUACUUGCAUUUCAACAAGAACCCAGAUGUAAAACUUUUAUCUGUAUAGUGCUGUGUUCACCGGAGCAACCAUAUCCACGGCUCGUCACGCAACAUCCGCUACGUUGCCAAGAAGGCCUGUCUACGGUAAUACACUCAACUUGUUGGCAGUUAUAAGUGCACAUCUGUGUUUUCAUAAUGCAUCUUACCGCACAUACAUGGGGACUAAUGCACUCAAGCAGAUGUAUUUACAGAAGUACUUAAAUUGAGACACAGCUAUGCACACUCUCUGUACAUUGGUCUCUUUCUUUCAUCCUCUCUUCUUAUCUCAUUCCAUUUACACAACUUUCACACACACACACAUACACACACACACAAACACACACACACACACACACACACACACACACACACACACACACACACACACACACACACACACACACACACACACACACACACACACAGUAGUCUGAGUAGCAGUGCCCUUGUCAGCUUCGCAUGAGAUUUUCUCAGAUCAAAGAAUCCAUUUGGUAUCUCUCAGCGGAAGCAAAAGACAAACAUGAUGAAAGUACUGACAUCUCUACUCGGCCAUCUUCUUCUUCUUCGUGUUCUUCUUCUUCUUCUUCUUCUUUCUCAGAUGGCUGCCAAAAAAACUACCGUGAAAAACAAAAAACAUUUGCUAAGACAAAGCCAAGCUAACGACUGCAGGUGGUCAAAUAACAUAUUCAGGAGCAAAUAUUGGUUCAGUUUUGUAUUCUUUCACAGCGAGGAGCUUUCAUACUAAACACUUUUUUUUAUUUCACUCUUGAACGAGUUCCUGAACUGGGAUUUUAUUUCUCGCCAAGAUUCGCCAUUAACUGACCGAGUCAUGUAACUAUUGAGAUUCAUUUCUGAGAUUUUAUCAGCAGAUUUAUUUAUUGACAUGUAUAUACGAUGUUGUUGCCAUGAGCGCUCAAAGCGGCGUGACAGUUUUGCUAAAUUUUGAUUUGCACACUUCCUUAAAUCCUCUUCCCCCCCCACACAUCUUUUUACAACCUCUAUUUCUGUGGGAUCUUGACUAUAUUACCAUCACUGUGCUGUGAAAUGUUUCCCUCUGCUGGACGACACUCACUCACACUCACACACACACACACGCACACACACACGCACACACACACACACACACACACACACACACACACAUACACACAUACACACACACACACACACACACACACACACACACACACACACACCACACACACACACACACACACACACGCAUGUAUGUUCAAACGUUCUCAACAAAGCACACACAUGCACAAUCACCCUUACAUCCCCUAACCCUUAUUGUCCUUAAUCAUCUUUCUAACACACUUGACAUUUGUUUGUAUGAUAUUGUAAAUAACUUUUAUAUCGAGAGUGUGGUUUUUACACAAGCAUCACCGACGUUCAGUGUGUAAAUCGAGGGAAAUCUUGUAUGUAUUGUGAUGAAGAUGAUGAUGAGAACAGUGUGUAUGAAGGUGCUGAAACACUCUGAAGCAACACUGGAUCGUUUGGAAAACACCCAGAUGACUCUUUGAAUAAAAUAACUGUUUUCGCCCAUUGGACCAA